GAAGCCGUCGGGUCGUGGAGGCUUUCGCUUUGCCGCCCUGGCUUGGCGGCUGGAGGAGCGUAUUCGGCAGCUGGCUCUCUAGGCUCCGGGCUCCGGCGGCGCCGAGGGGCGCUGCUUGUCCCGCCCUCCCGGCUCGGGGCUUCCCUGCUGAGGCGCCCGCGCCCCCGGGCUCCCAGCCUCGGCCCCCCGCGGCCCCGAUGCCGAGGCAUGGAUAGAACGGCGCUGCGCGCUUCGGCGAUGGGGGAGAAGAAGGAGGGCUGCGGCGGGGGGGCGGCGGCGGCCGCGGAUGGGGGCGCAGGGGCCGCGGCCAGCCGGGCGCUGCAGCAGUGCGGCCAGCUCCAGAAGCUCAUAGACAUCUCCAUCGGCAGCUUGCGCGGGCUGCGCACCAAGUGCGCGGUGUCCAACGACCUCACCCAGCAGGAGAUCCGGACCCUGGAGGCGAAGCUGGUGCGGUACAUCUGUAAACAGCGGCAGUGCAAGCUGAGUGUGGCUCCCAGCGACAGGACUGCCGAGCUCAACAGCUACCCACGCUUCUGUGACUGGCUAUAUACCUUCAGUGUGAGGCCCGAGGUGGUGCAGGAGAUCCCCCGAGAGCUUACGCUGGAUGCCCUGCUGGAGAUAGAUGAGACCAAGGCAAAGGAGAUGCUGCAACGCUGGGGGGCCAGUCCCGAGGAGUGUAGCCGGCUACAGCAAGCCCUCACCUGCCUGCGGAAGGUGACAGGCCUGGGAGGGGAGCACAAAGAAGACUCAGGUUGGAGUUUGUCAGAAGCAAGACGGGAAAGUAGCUCUGGGCCUUCAGUGGACACACUCUCUCCAGCCAGCCUAGCCUGGCCCCCAGGGAACUCCUCCCUGAGCAGAGUGGUAGGCGGCACCCAGGGUUCCCGCUCCAUCUCUGUGUCAACUCUGCCUGCCUCAGACUCUCCAGCCGCCCCCAGCCUCAGUGAGGGCCUCUCGGACACCUGUAUCCCCCUGCACACCAGCGGCAGGCUGACCCCCCGGGCCCUGCACAGCUUCAUCACACCCCCUACCACACCCCAGCUUCGACGGCAUGCCAAGCUGAAGCCACCAAGGACGCCUCCACCACCCAGCCGCAAGGUCUUUCAGCUGCUGCCCAACUUCCCCACGCUUACCCGCAGCAAGUCCCAUGAAUCCCAGCUGGGGAACCGAAUCGAUGAUGUCUCCCCAAUGAGGUUUGAUCUCCCACACGGAUCCCCACAGAUGGUACGAAGGGAUAUCGGACUCUCUGUGACACACAGGUUCUCCACUAAGUCCUGGUUGUCACAGGUCUGCAAUGUGUGCCAGAAGAGCAUGAUGUUCGGAGUGAAGUGCAAACACUGCAGGUUGAAGUGUCACAACAAAUGUACAAAAGAAGCCCCUGCCUGUAGAAUAUCCUUCCUUCCAUUAGCUAGACUUCGGAGGACAGAGUCUGUUCCCUCGGACAUCAACAAUCCAGUGGACAGAGCAACAGAGCCCCAUUUUGGAACCCUCCCCAAGGCACUAACAAAGAAGGAACACCCUCCAGUCAUGAACCUGGACUCCAGCAGCAACCCGUCUUCUACUACAUCCUCCACGCCCUCGUCUCCAGCACCCUUCCAAACUUCAUCUAACCCCUCCAGUGCUACCACGCCCCCCAACCCCUCACCUGGCCAGCGGGACAGCAGAUUCAACUUCCCAGCUGCCUACUUCAUUCAUCAUAGACAGCAGUUUAUCUUUCCAGAUAUUUCGGCCUUUCCACAGGCAUCUCCGCUCCCCAAUGCAGCCGACAGCACACGGCUUGAUGACCAGCCUAAAGCAGAUGUGCUGGAGGUUCAUGAAGCAGAGGCUGAGGAGCCAGAGGCUGGCAAGUCAGAGGCAGAAGACGAUGAGGAUGAGGUGGAUGAUCUACCCAGCUCCCGCCGGCCCUGGCGGGGCCCCAUCUCUCGAAAGGCCAGCCAGACCAGCGUGUACCUGCAGGAAUGGGACAUCCCCUUUGAGCAAGUGGAACUGGGUGAGCCCAUCGGGCAGGGCCGCUGGGGCCGGGUACAUCGGGGCCGCUGGCACGGCGAAGUGGCUAUCCGGCUGCUGGAGAUGGAUGGCCACAAUCAGGACCAUCUGAAGCUGUUCAAGAAAGAGGUGAUGAACUACCGGCAGACUCGGCAUGAAAAUGUGGUGCUCUUCAUGGGAGCCUGUAUGAAUCCACCCCACUUGGCCAUCAUCACCAGCUUCUGCAAGGGUCGGACAUUGCACUCGUUUGUGAGAGACCCGAAGACAGCUCUGGAUAUUAACAAGACGAGGCAGAUUGCUCAGGAGAUCAUCAAGGGCAUGGGGUAUCUUCAUGCCAAGGGCAUUGUACACAAAGAUCUCAAGUCCAAGAACGUCUUUUAUGACAAUGGCAAGGUGGUCAUCACAGACUUUGGGCUGUUUGGGAUCUCUGGUGUCGUCCGGGAGGAGCGGCGUGAGAACCAGCUAAAGCUGUCCCACGACUGGCUGUGCUACCUGGCCCCUGAGAUUGUGAGGGAGAUGACACCUGGGAAGGAUGAGGACCAGCUGCCCUUCUCCAAAGCUGCUGACGUCUAUGCAUUUGGGACUGUGUGGUAUGAGCUACAGGCGAGAGACUGGCCCUUCAAGCACCAGCCCGCAGAGGCCUUGAUCUGGCAGAUUGGAAGUGGGGAAGGAGUAAAGCGUGUGCUGGCCUCUGUCAGCCUGGGAAAGGAAGUCAGUGAGAUCCUGUCUGCCUGCUGGGCUUUCGACCUGCAGGAGAGACCCAGCUUCAGCCUAUUGAUGGACAUGCUGGAGAAGCUGCCCAAGCUGAACCGGCGGCUCUCCCACCCUGGGCACUUUUGGAAGUCAGCUGAGUUGUAGGCCUGGCUGUCUUGCAUGCAGGGCUUCCUUCCUUCUAAUCGCCAACUCAGCUGCGUGACUUCUGCUAAGACUCAAAAUGCCAGCGGGCACUAACCUAGGGGAUGCCGGCUCUGCUGUUCCAGUCUCCUUUCUCCAGAUUCCUUUUUGUGCUCUGUUUGUUUUUAACAACAGCCCCUCCCCUCUACGUGGCCUGCGUGUGCCUGAGUCACUGCCCAGGGAGGAUGGCACUAACUGGGUGACCCCUCAAGGCAGAAGAAUAACUUCUGGCUACCUUCGUGGACAGGACUACCCUUUCUCUCCUGUUCUCCCAAGGGUGGCUCUCGUUUGUGUUCUGGUGGCCCCUACUAACACCUUCCUGAGCCCUUUUGAGCAUGCUCAGAGAACGGGGAGGGGCCUUGGGGACCCUGGGACUUUGUCCUGCAAAGAGUGCAAUGGUUCCAGAGCUGCCCCGAGGCCACACCGUAUCACCAGGCCUCUCUGGGGUCCUUCUCUGUCUCUUGAAGACAGAGGGCAGUAGACACAAAAAAUCAUGUUGCUGUGAAAGACGUUAGCUUGAAAGGGCUGUGUCCUUAGGAGCUGCAUCCAGUAAAACUGUCCUAAGCAAAGAAGUAGCAGUCUCCAAACUUGAGUAAUGGAUGCAGAGCUACCAUCACAUCUGCUGGUGGGGUUCUGUAGCCCUGACCAGAUAGAUCUCUGCAGUCAGUCUUGGGAAUCUGUACCUCUGCCUGCCACCAGGUGGCCCUAGGGGAUCCUACAUGAGCACCAUUUUUAGGAGUGUGACAUCACUUCUGGUACUGGGCCUUAGGUCUCUCUUCUCUCCCAAUUCCAAGUGGAACAGCCAGUGAGGAAACAGUCCACAUGAGCCCACAGUGGCUACCAGCAUGCUGAGUGCUGGAGAGUCAGGUGAACCAGGCAUGUCAGUGUUCUGUGGGUAUGACGGAGGCCCAGAACCCAGGGUGGCCAGGAGCAGCUCUGCCAAGGCUGUGGACCGAGCAAUCGUUGUCACUCAUUGUCAGGGACCAAGUCCUCUGCUGAGCCUCCAGCCAGUGCUACCUUAACUCUGAUCAAGACCAGCAGGGCCAUAACCCAUGUCUCUGCUCCUCUUCACAGCAUUACCAGCAGCAAAGUCAUGCCCCGGUUUGAAAGGUUCGGCCUGGGGGUCCUGGAGUCCAGUAAUCCAAAGAUGUAGCCAGCCAUGUGGGUCCAUGCAGAAUGUGUCUUUUCUUUUGAGAUGUAUUUCUAAAAAAACAUCACCAUCACAAGAAGAAAUCAAAACAGAACCACUGCACUUGCUCAAAGCUGCAGACCAGGGACACGAGUCCUCCGUUCAGAGUGUACAUUACAAAGAUGUGUGUGGGGCCUGAAGACUGAGCCACACCUGCCACUCAAUGAUGCCACAACAGCCAGACCUGUCCCAACAAGAGCCAGUGUUUACACAGUGUUUCCGCCCAGUGAGCCUGAUGUUUUACAGUAGGGAGUAAUAAAGAGUUCAUGCGGAAGGGCACACUUUGGGGUAGCAGAUGUGGCAUCCCCUCUGGAAGGCCGUGCUACAGUGAGGUGCCUAGUGCUGGGCCAGGGGGAAGGAAAGUGUCGUGAUUGUGACUGUUCUAGAAGAAGAAGGCGAGGAGACACAAGGUUGCCCUUGACCUCUGCUUCUGUCCUAACUCCCAGCAGUUCCUCCCUAUCAGAGGAGCACUAUUCCUUCCUUAUCUUGCAGAGGAAACCCUGGCUAGGAACCAAUCUGAGUUAUGGGAGUCAGGAGUUCUCAGAGAGCUCAGGUUCACCUUCCAACUGCUCCCAUCCAGGCUAUUCCUGCUGAAAAGUAGAGAUAGAAUCCAAAGAGCAUCUAGAGGGAUUUGAUGGUUCAUAGCCUGGGCUUCUGCUGCAAGGUGAGGAGACAGCCACACCUCUGUGGAGAUGUGCUGCUUCUGUGAGGCCUCUAGGCAGGCACAAAGAUCAAGAGACUCAGUGUUUGCCAUCAGACAUGCCCCAUACCUGUGUCUACCCCUGGAGCUGCGGCUAGCCCAUUAGCUGUGUGUACUGUGAAUACUUAAUGAUCAGGAACAGAGAAUGUGGCAGACACUGCCGUCAGGUACCUGGCUAAGCCCCCUAUUCAGUCACCAGGUGACCCUAGCACUUUAAAACCCAUUGUCAGUCAUGCCAGAAGGUUCUAAGACUACCACCUAUUCUACUUCCCUGGCCUCACUGAAACCUUAGUCCAUUCAGACCUCUGUUUGUGCUCUGAGUUCAGAGGAGAGCAUGAGGCUGUCCAGCCACCUUAGCUAGACCCACCUAGCAAGCUCUUUCCUUUUGUGUCCAUUCCAAUGACAGGAAGCACUUGAUCCAGGAAAGUGCUGCAUUGAAACUACUGCUUACAGAGCAAAGUAACCCUUGAGCAGAUUCCACAACCAGAAAGGAAAAAAAAAGUCAGGAUGUGACUGGAUUCUGGCCCACAAACUCGGAGUUCCACUGUUAGGUGGACAUGUGACUCCCUCUUUCAGUUACAUCCACCAAGCAGAGCCUCCAUCUGUAGAAACUCCAUCUCUAGAGCUUUCCCUGGCACCAGAGGGUGGUCCAGAUGUCACAUCUAGUGGGCCACUCUGAAAAGCUGUGGAUGGCCUCACCCCAGCAUCACUGUCCUGUUGUACAUGCACUGGACGGUAUUAUCUUCACCCUGCCCCAUGGGUGUUGUGAAGGAGGAGAAGAGGCUGUGUCCUGUGGCCUCAGCUUUGUGUGGGUCAUCUCUCCUUUGGGGUGGGACUGUUGAUUCACCCCUUAUCCCUUUAGCUUCUUAUAUUAGCCCUUAAUGUGACCUCUUCCAAAGCCACAUAGCAUGUGGUCACCUCCUCUGUGGCAGUCUCAUGUCUGCCCCUUCCCAGAAAUCACAGUGCUUAAGCCACUGGCCUUUCUUUCCCCUUGUUGGUUGUGAAUAUGAUGCUGGCCUCCCCUCAAGGGCAGAACAGGAGCCACCAGGCUGACAAGGGCUGGAUGGCAGCUGAGUCUGUGUUCUUCCUGUCGCCCUCUGACACCGAGCCAUAGCUCUGACACACAUCCUGCUGAACCUGGGUCUCACUUUGUCCUGUGAACAUCACAGUUCAGGAAGCUCUGAGCACUGCAGUGAACAAGGUCGUGUGCAUAUGCUAGGGACAAGAGAGGAACAGUCAUGGGUCCUGCCUUAAGGAGCCAAUGAUCUACUGGGGGCCAACGUCUUCCAGGAGCCCAGGGGCCAUGUGGCCUGCCUCUGCAUUGCCCCUCAUUUAAAAGAGUGCCCCACUGUGGUUCCCCAUUCCCUUUUCUAUUUAAGUGACUGUGAAUUGAGGUUAGGAAGGCUUGCCUCCUGCGUGCUCUUCCCAUCUCCUAGGAAACACAUGAAGGAUGACAGAUACUGUGAAUUCAGCUCCUAUGGCCACUGUGAAGGCAAUGGAGAGGGCAGAGGCUGCAGAGGGCCCGCCUGAGGUCUGAGUCAAGCACAUGCUUCCCAGGCACGCCAAGUUCCCAGCCUCACCUCCAAGGAGGCCUUUACCUGCCAGAGCUGCAGCUCCUGGAGUUCUGUCUGAUGGAAGUCUUGAAUCCUAGCUAGUGCUGGGCUCACCAUGAGCAGCAUGGAACUAAACUGACCUCUCUACUGCACCAAAUCAAAACCCUCUGCCAUCUCCAGGAGUGUGUUGUGGCCCAGGCAGGGAGUGACAAGCCUGUCUCGCACUCUAGUGAUGGGGUUGGGGGCAGGGCGCCAUGCUGUGCUAUAGCGCUGGCCAGGAUUGUCAUCUGUGUGCACACCAGUGUCUUCUGUGGCCAUGAGGCACACACUUAUUUGCUUUUUUAAAAAAUGUGAUGUAAAAUUUGUACAGUAAAAGUUUUUAUAUUUUCUAUCAAUUGCGUUUGUCUUCCAGAAAUGCUUUAAUUUAAAUUAAAAUGGUUCGUAUUAACAAAUGUGUUGUAUUGGAGGUUUUGUUUAUCACUGGUAAGAGCAUACCCUCUGUGCUGAGCCAGGCCUGGGUGUCUGGAGUUUGUGAAUAAAGUUUUACCAAGGUG